AAUAAUCCCUUUUUUGGUCUGGUUUAAUUCCCAAACACUUAAAUGUGGAAUUGUGGAUUUGACGCUUUUAUUCUGAAAGAAUAGACCGGAUGUUUUCAGCGUAGCGCGGAACAUGAAUAGAAAAGGAGGCCAUCAACAGUUAGCUACCUGAAUGCUUUAAUUAACAAGCGUAUUAUAACUAUUUUAUGUAAUUCAUCAUGUAGCACUGACUAGCUUAAAGCAACAAAAGAGUUAACUGCGUAUUACUACAUUGACUGUGUUGUCAUGAAAGGCUUAACGAUUAUUUUAGGCUAGCAACCGAAUAAGCUAAAGUUAGCUAACUGAGCUAGUUGUCAAUAUCUGAGUUACCGUUACAGCUCACAGGAAACUUGACACACCAACCCGAAGUCGAGAUAAUUUAUGAUUUAAUGUGUGUGUGUGUCACAAAAGCCGUUAAUAAACAGACACUUGAUUGUCUAAUCAUAUUUAAAUCAUGGAUACGCCUACCGUGUUAAACACAACAGAUGAUUGCGAGGGUGCAGAUAAAUGUUAUAUCUGUCUGAGUCCCUUUGAAAAGCAAACAGUGGCGUCUCUGGACAGCUGCCAUCACGUCUUCUGCCUUCAAUGUAUUCUGCAAUGGUCCCAGACAGCCAAUACUUGCCCAGUUGAUCGGAUCAGUUUUGCUUUCAUCCACCAGAGACGGUGCCCUGGAGGGGACAUUCAAAAGAAGAUCAAAGUGAGGACGAAGAAAAAGGAAGACGAUGGCGAUGAUGAAGAGGAGGGGAGCAAUCCUGUUAUCUGUGAGGAAUGUGGACGCAGUGACCGCAGGCACCGGCUGCUAGUGUGCAUACAGUGUGAUACAGGAUAUCAUAUGGACUGCUUGACACCACCAUUAAACACAGGCCCAGAAGGUGACUGGAUUUGUCCAGAGUGUGUGGUCACUCCUCAGAACACAGACAGCUUCAUGGUGGAGGGGGAGAUCAGUGAUGGAGAAGUUACAGACCUCCUCGCUGAAGUAGAUGAAACUGCAUCUACCAGCAGCCGCCUUCGGCCGUCCACCAUAAAUCGUCCAAGCAGCUCCACUGAAAGACGACACAGCCAGAGGAUCCAGAGCCGAGUGAGCAUCGAUCCUCAUCCUCGACCCCAAACCUCCUGGCAUGUACCUAAAUACCUGCUACGAGCAUCAAAGCCUGCAGUCGCAACAGAUGUAACGGCUGCACUUCAUCACAGUGAGACGAGCGGCGCGUCAGUCAAGUUAAAGACAAGAAAAAGAAAGAAGCGUGCAACUUGAGCUCCUGACACCAAGAAGAGUAGACGUUUCAAUAUGGUGUGCAUCGUCACUGCUUGAUAAAGGUGCUCCUGUUUGAAUUGACCACAUGGUGGCAGUAUUGUGUUAGCCAUGAAACACAUGAAGGAACAUUCUGCUAGUGCUUUUGUAGAAAAUGUCCUUUUAGAAUGACACUUUUUGUUAAACUGAUUGUUAAAUGUUGUAUUUGUAUUAAAACAAAAUGCUGACAUUGUUCCAUACUCUUUUUUUUAAUGUCAGUAAAUCCCUUGAAAAUACAAAACCCAACAGUCACACUUUUAAUACUGUAUGACAUCUCUACCCUGUCUGUAGCAUUCAGCCCAACAGUUUAGCAUUUUAGCAUGCUAAUUGUAAUGAGCCCUAACGAACAGCUUAGGCUGAUGGAAAAAAAGUGGGGAGGUCUAAAAGUUUUGAGAAUUCAUCCUGAGAGGAACUUGAAUGUCUUUACCAAAUCUCAGGACAAGAGUCGAGAUAUUUCACUCAGAACCACAAACUGGAGGAAAAGUCAGCUGAUUGCAAAGUAAUUAAUCAUUUAAGAUCUGUGAAUAUGUGUACAACUUUUGUGCCAAUCCAUGAGGAAGAUGAGAUUUUUCACAGAUAAGUGACUUCACUAACUCCAAUGUGCUGUUGGUGCUAGAAUAAGUCAGAGAAUCACCAAAGUCAGCAGGAUUUGUCCUCUGGGAAACAUGAAUAUCAUUACAAACUUAUAAAGAAAUCUAUAAAGAAAAAAGUGGUGGAUUGACAAACAUACCCAAUCCCUAAAAUUGAGAACAUAAAGUGAAUAAUUAUGUAUCUUUUCUUAACCUAAAGCACCAUGUUGUGGCCUAGACCACAUGAUAAGUCUACUCCUCAAAGAAUUGUCACUAGCACUAAUAGCUCUUAUUGCACUAUACCUUGAUUGUUUGCUUUUUACUCUUCCUGUAAGUCGCUUUGGAUAAAAGCAUCUGCUAAAUGACUAAAUGUAAAUGU